CGCGCAGCUGAGGGGGAGCGGGCGCGGAGCGGAGCGCGGCCGGGGCGGCCCGGCCCCAGCCCCCGCAGGAUUUUUGUUGCCAAGAUACUGCAGCAAGGAAGAUGAGAAGGUUCUUAAGACCCGGACACGAUCCAGUGCGAGAGAGGCUCAAACGUGACCUUUUCCAGUUUAACAAGACUGUGGAGCAUGGAUUUCCCCACCAGCCCAGCGCCCUGGGCUACAGCCCGUUUCUCCGGCUCAUGGCCAUUGGGACACGAUCAGGAGCCAUCAAAUUAUAUGGUGCCCCUGGGGUGGAGUUCAUGGGUUUACAUGAAGAAAACAACACUGUAAUGCAGAUUCACUUUAUACCUGAUCAGUGCCAGCUGGUGACUCUGCUGGAUGAUAACAGCUUGCACCUCUGGAGCCUGAAGCAGCACGGAGGAGCGUCCGAGCUGCGCGAGGAACAUCGCUUCACCCUCAAAGGGCCACCUGGCUCUCCACCAAGUGCCACCCAGGUAACAGCUGUGCUUCCCCAUUCCUCACGGGAGGUGCUGUACCUGGGCACAGAGAGUGGCAACAUCUUUGUGGUGGAGCUGCCCUCGUUCCGAGUGCUGGAGGACAGGACCAUCACCCCUGAGGCCGUGCUGCAGCGGAUACCAGAAGAUAACUGCAACAGGCGAUCCUGUGAACUGGUGGAAGCCCUUCGGGAGCAUCCUAAGAAACCUGACCAGAUCCUAAUUGGAUAUAGCAGGGCCUUGAUUGUCCUCUGGGACCUGCAGAAUAACAAAGCAAUACAACAUUUCUUGGGCAGCCAGCAACUGGAGAACCUCUACUGGCAGAGGGAUGGCAGUAAAUUCAUUAGUUGUCACUACGAUGGAAGUUACACCCAGUGGCCAGUAUCCAGUGACAACAGGCAGUCAGAGCCUCUGGAAAACACGGUGCCUUAUGGUCCUUUUCCUUGCAAGGCCAUCUCCAAGAUCUACUGGCAGACAACAAAAAAUGGGCUUCCUUACAUAAUAUUCCAAGGAGGGAUGCCCCGGGCUAGCUAUGGGGACCGGCACAGUAUCACUGUUAUCCACGGCAGCCAGCAAACAGCCUUUGACUUUACCUCACGAGUGAUAGACUUCUUUAUAAUCUUCAGUUCAGAUCCUGCUGCAGAGUUCGAUGACCCCUCUGCCCUGGUGGUGCUGGCAGAAGAAGAGCUCGUGGUCAUAGACCUGAAAAGUGCAGGCUGGCCAGCAGUGCACCCUCCAUACCUGGCCUCCCUGCACUGCUCAGCCAUCACCUGCUCUCACCACGUCUCCAACAUCCCACUGAAGCUCUGGGAGCGGAUUAUCAGCGCUGGGAGCAAGCAGAACAUCCACUACUCCAGUAUGCCGUGGCCAAUCGAUGGUGGCAUCAACAUCGCUCCAGAUCCUCCACAGAGAGACUUGCUGUUAACAGGGCAUGAGGAUGGCACAGUGAGGUUUUGGGAUGCCUCUGGUGUCUGCUUGCACCUCCUUUAUAAGCUGAGCACAGUGAGAGUGUUCCUCACGGAUGCUGAUCCCAAUGACAACAUGAACACCCUAGGGGAGGAUGAAUGGCCUCCACUCCGCAAGGUUGGUACCUUCGAUCCUUACAGUGAUGAUCCAAGACUUGGGAUUCAGAAGAUCUACCUGUGUAAAUACAGCGGAUACUUGGCUGUAGCUGGUACAGCAGGACAGGUGCUGGUGAUGGAACUGAAUGACGAGGAUGCAGAACACAUGGUGGACCAUGCUGAAGCAGAUCUCCUGCAGGACCAAGAGGGUUAUCGAUGGAAGGGUCACGAGAAGCUAAAAACUCGAGAUGGGCCUGUUCGAUUUGAAGCUGGUUUUCAGCCAUUUGUCCUUGUCCAGUGUCAGCCACCAGCUGUGGUCACCUCUUUGGCCCUGCACUCAGAGUGGAAGCUUGUGGCCUUUGGUACCAGUCAUGGGUUUGGGCUCUUUGACCAUCAGCAGAAGCGACUGGUCUUUGUCAAGUGCACACUGCAUCCCAGUGACCAGCUGGCCUUGGAAGGUCCCCUGUCUCGGGUGAAAUCCCUGAAGAAGUCCCUCCGUCAGUCAUUCCGGCGGAUCAGAAGAAGCCGCGUGUCCAGUAGGAAGCGGCGAGGAGGUGGUGGGAAUGCCUCAGAGGUGCAAGAAGCAAAUGCCAAGUUUGACCAGGACGCGUUGCAGGAGAUGGAACUGGCUCCGGUCCAGCGCAAGAUCGAAGCGCGCUCGGCAGAAGACUCCUUCACUGGCUUUGUGCGAACCUUGUAUUUUGCUGAUACCUUCCUGAGAGACAGCUCCCGGCACUGCCCGUCCCUGUGGGCUGGCACCAAUGGAGGGACAGUCUAUGCUUUCUGUUUACGUGUUCCUCCAGCUGAGAGGAGGAUGGAUGAACCUGUGAGGGCAGAGCAGGCCAAAGAGAUUCAGCUGAUGCACAGGGCUCCUGUUGUGGGGAUACUUGUGUUGGAUGGACGCAGCACUCCCCUCCCAGAACCUCUAGAAGUAGCACAUGACCUUUCCAAGAGUCCUGAUAUGCAAGGCAGCCACCAGCUGCUAGUGGUAUCUGAAGAGCAAUUUAAGGUCUUCACGUUGCCCAAGGUCAGCUCCAAACUGAAGCUCAAGCUGACAGCCCUGGAGGGCUGCAGGGUUCGGAAGGUGACGGUUGCCAACUUUGGCAGCUGCAAGACUGACGAUUACAGCGAGAACGACCUGGCAGUGCUGACCAACCUGGGAGACAUCCAGAUCAUCUCCCUGCCCUUCCUCAAGCUGCAGAUCCGCUACCCCUGCAUCCGCAAGGAGGAUGUGAGUGGCAUUGCAUCCUGUGUCUUCACCAAAUACGGCCAAGGUUUCUAUCUGAUUUCUCCGUCGGAGUUUGAGAGGUUUUCCCUUUCCACCAAAUGGUUGGUGGAGCCCCGGUGCAUUGUGGACACGCCAGAAGUGACAAGCAACAACCACGUGCACAACAAGUCUGGCCCAGAGAAUGCUGCAAGGAAAUCCAGGGGACCAGGAAAGAGUCCGGGUGACUGUGGAGAAGAUGAAGGGAAGUCUGGGAGGCUGAUGGAACAUGCCUUACUCAAUGACGAAAAAGUGCUGAAGGAGAUCCAGAGUACUCUGGAGGGGGGCAGAGGCAGGAGAGAUCACAUUCCCACAUCCCCAAGGAACAGGACUCUGAGUAUUCGCAUACAGGAGCUAUGCAGAAAGAAAUUCGGCAAGAAGUCCAUUAGGACAUGGACUAAGUAAUGGAGGAGCAGAUUGACCAGAACUCAUGGAGGACUUGCUGGCAUCGGAUCGAGUGCCAAAACACUACUGACUGGGCAAACCGUCCCUGGGGAGAAGGCACCAGUGCUCCCAGCAGCCAGACUGGGGAGCUGCAGCUCCUGUGCUGUGCUUCUGCCUCCCCUUCAGUGCCUCUUGGAGACUUCUCCUGCUGGAGCCCACCUUGCUUUAGGACAGCAGUGGAUGCCAGGUCUGACGCGCCACAAGCCUCUGAGUACAUCUAACAUUCAAAUGUUUGCACAUUUCUCUUUUCUACUGGGCUGGGUUUUAAAUUAUAAAUGUUUUACUGCCUUGGUGCAGGAUUUUAAUAAACGCACACUGUUACCUCCAACAAUUAUUUUUUGUACAUUUUUUAAAAAAUCUUAUGGGUAUUUCAGUUUUAACGGAAACGUUUAGAAAUUUACUUUAAGGAAAAAAAACCAUUAAGUAAUAUAUGCUAGAUUCCUGUGACUGCUGUAUGUGGUAUCUGAAUGAAUAAUUUUGGGGUUUGUUUGUUAUGGUACUGUUAACUGGCUUUACGGAUUUGGGUAGAAUCUAUUUUUGUAGCCAUUCAAAUCAGAGGAAAACUAAUUGAAUUUGAUUUUUGUUUCAAGACUACGUUGCU